AAAGAAGAAACAAAGGCAGCGCAGUCUCCUCUCCGUCUCCUCGAGCGUUGGAAUAGGAGGGAAGACUCCGAGAGAAAGAGAGAGGAGAUAGGAGAAGGUGGGGAGAAGCUAUACGAAGCGAAGACAUGGCUCUCAGAGUGACCCUUCCACCGAAGAUUUCCCUCGUCCUCACUCCUCCCAAGCCGAACCUGGGAUCCCCUAGGGUCUCCAUGGCCUCCGCUAUCCGUGCUUCCGCCGCAAAAAUUGAAACUUCAAAGAAGCCCUUCUGUCCUCCUCGCGAGGUACAUGUUCAAGUUACACAUUCUAUGCCGCCUCAGAAGGUUGAGAUCUUUAGGGCAUUAGAGGACUGGGCAGAGAAUAACAUCCUGGUACAUCUAAAGCCAGUUGAAAAGUGUUGGCAGCCACAAGAUUUUCUUCCAGACCCUUCCUCAGAUGGAUUUUAUGAAGAAGUUCAAGAACUGAGAGAACGAUCAAAGGAGAUCCCUGAUGAUUAUUAUGUUUGCUUGGUUGGAGAUAUGAUCACAGAGGAAGCCCUUCCUACAUACCAGACAAUGCUUAAUACCCUUGAUGGUGUGCGAGAUGAAACCGGUGCAAGCCUUACCUCGUGGGCUAUCUGGACAAGGGCAUGGACUGCUGAAGAGAACAGACAUGGUGACCUUCUCAACAAGUACUUGUACCUGACAGGAAGAGUAAACAUGAAACAAAUUGAGAAAACCAUACAAUAUCUGAUUGGUUCAGGAAUGGAUCCCAGAACUGAGAAUAGCCCCUACCUUGGCUUCAUAUACACCUCAUUUCAAGAACGAGCUACCUUUGUAUCCCAUGGAAACACGGCCAGGCAUGCCAAGGAAUAUGGGGACCUGAAGCUGGCUCAGAUAUGUGGCACUAUAGCUGCAGACGAGAAGCGCCAUGAAAUUGCAUACACCAAGAUAGUGGAGAAGCUUUUCGAGAUAGACCCCGAUGGGACAAUGCUUGCAUUUGCAGACAUGAUGAAGAAGAAGAUUUCGAUGCCUGCCCAUCUAAUGUACGACGGACGUGAUGAUAACCUCUUUGAGCACUUCUCUGCUGUGGCUCAGCGGUUGGGUGUCUAUACCGCAAAGGACUACGCUGAUAUACUCGAGUUUCUUGUCGUGAGGUGGAACCUGGAGAAGCUUAGUGUCCUGUCGGGAGAGGCAAGUCAAGCCCAGGACUUUGUAUGCACUUUGGCUCCAAGGAUACGAAGACUCGAAGAAAGAGCACAGGGGAAGGCCAAGCAAUCACCAAGAAUUCCUUUCAGUUGGAUCAAUUACAGGGAAGUGCAGCUGUGAGCAAAAACGACAAUCGCUUUCCUAUGUUAAAAGAAAUAUCCGAUUAGCUCUACAUCUCAUAUAAAGUGUCUGCAUCCAACUUAUGCUGCAGUUGGCUAGUAAUAAGGAUUUGUCAGAUUGAGCAUUAGUAUCAUAAAGCCAUAUUUAUGUUUCUGAAUCAGGAUGUGAGCUGUCAUCUUAUCAGGUUAUAUAUAGAUUUCUUGAACAUGACAUGAAUCUUGUAAGGGCUGUUCCGAGGUUUUCAUAGAUUUUGGAGAGCUUAAUCUACAGUUACUUUUUAA